AUGGCAACAACCAACAUUCCUGACAGCGUUUUCCAGCAGGUUGCGUACCUCCGCGAGCGGCUGAACCAUCACAACUACCGCUACUACGUGCUGGACAGACCGGAGAUCAGUGACGCGCAGUACGACGAGCUGAUGCGCGAACUGCGUGCCAUCGAAGCGGAGCAUCCAGAGCUUGUAACGCCCGAUUUCGCCUACGCAGCGAGUAGGCGCGGCGCCUGCUGA